AUGCUCGCCCUCGCGCGAAGCGCCCGCGCGAUUCGUCCCCCAUCCAGCCGUGCCAUCGCUUCUACUUCAUCUACGCGCCUGAACGAAGACGACAAGGACGGCGGGAAAACGAUCGAAAUCAUCGAGGCUAAUCUGGAUCGCAAAAAAGGCGAGUUUCAAAAGAAGGACGAGACGCAUGUUCGUGCGGCGCUGCUUACGACGCGAAAAGAGGCGCUGAGUCUGUACCGCGCGGUGAUUCGAGCGAGCGUGUUCUUCGUCUGGCGAGACGAGCGUGGACGUCAGUGGCGGGACGUGAUUCGAGAGAGCGCUCGGAAGGAGUUCGAAGCGGGCAGACGAGAGCGGGAUCCGGAAAUGGUGAACAGGAUGCUCCUCAUGGGACGAGACGCGGUGGACAAGGCGGUGAAUAGAUUUUUAGAGAAGCGAGAGGCGAUUCAGCGAGAGGAGGACGCGUGCAGCAGCCAGGGCGGUGAACCGUCGCCUUCGUGA